GACACUGCGGCCGGCCGUUCCCGCGCAAACAAGUGCCAGCCGGACGCGAUCGCCGCCAAAAUAUCGGACGUGCAUGCGCGUGAGCAUCGUGGUUGCGCGGGCCACGGCUUCAUUCGGCUUUCGGCGCUCGUUGCUGUCGUGCUGCUGUUGCUCCGAGCUGUAUCUCCGUACGUCCCUCUCCCCCCACGUAGGAAACAUCAGGCGCUUUCUCACCUCAUAAUCGGCGAAACAUGUCGGGACGCGGCAAAGGCGGCAAGACCAAGGGGAAGGCGAAGACCCGCAGCAGCAGGGCAGGGCUGCAGUUCCCCGUAGGGAGAAUCCAUCGUCUCCUGAGGAAAGGCAACUACGCGGAACGCGUCGGCGCCGGAGCACCGGUCUACCUCGCCGCCGUGAUGGAAUACUUGGCGGCCGAAGUGCUGGAGUUGGCCGGAAACGCCGCCAGGGAUAACAAAAAAACGAGGAUAAUUCCACGUCAUCUACAGUUGGCCAUCCGGAAUGACGAAGAACUUAAUAAACUAUUGUCUGGAGUGACCAUUGCUCAAGGUGGUGUCUUGCCUAAUAUCCAAGCGGUCCUUUUGCCGAAGAAAACUGGCACCGGUGGAUCUGGAAAGGGCGACAAAGCAUCCCAAGAAUAUUAGAAUAUUAUACAUUUAUAACUAACCAUACUUUAGAAAUGUCUUCGUUUCUCAAAACCGGUGGAUUGAAUUAAUAUUCCUAUAAAUCUA